AUGGACGACUACGUCAAGGCCAACAGCAUCGCGUUAGGGCUGAUGUUGCUGCACAGGGACGCCGACUACCGUUACAUCUUCGAUGAUUGUGAAGAAGCGUGGGUUGCGUGGUACAGCCUCCCCAAGAGCUACGAGAAUGUUGUUCUCAACUUGGAGAUGAGCAGAGCGGACCUGCGAUCGCGAGACGUCGUGAGAGUGCUCACAAAUGAGCAUAUCAAGAGACAAGGUGACAAGACGACAUCGCUGAAGACUGAAGAAGCGACCAAGCCUUCAGCACCGAGCGUGAAUUCCGUUAAUGUACGUACUGCGGAAAAUUGGGGCACACGAUGGAAAAGUGCUGGACCAAGCAGAAGGACAAAAAUCAAGGUGGAGAUCGACGCGGCGGCAGCAAUGCUCGUGGAUGAGGAGCCAACAACGUUCAGUAAUGAAAUAACGACAACUACGACGACAACUACAAUCUAG